AUGGGUUGUUGUUAAGGAAAUCCAAUUGGUUUUAUAUUAUACACUUAUUUUAGAUAUGAACUAAUUGAAUGAAUCAGCGAAAGAAUUAACUGAAUAUUAAUAACCAGAAUAUAGAGCAAAUAUUGUAGAUUUGAACAAUUAGGGAAAGCAGAUGGAACAAGUGCAGGAGAGAAUUGCAGAUGCAGAACAAACACCUAAGAAAGAAACCAAUUAUUCUUAGGAAAUGAAAAGUGGCAAAAAGGAAGACAAUCAGGAAACAAGAUCCCUAGUUCAAUAACAAGGUUAAGAAAAAUAAUGGAUCAUUAAAUAGACAAUGUUUGUUAGGAUUAAUUCAAAAAAGAAUGUUAGUGAAUUUUAUACAAUAAAAGAGAUGAUUGGUUAAGGAGGUUUUGGAAAAGUUUAUAAAGUAGUUCAUCGAUAAACAGGUUGUAAUUUUAUUGAUUAAGGAUAGGAAUGAUUAGAGCUAUGAAAUUAAUAUUAAAAUCUAAAUUGAAGAAAGAAGAUUAAGAGAAACUAUUAGAAGAAACCAGUAUAUUGAUGGAUAUUGAUCAUCCCAAUAUAGUUAAAUUAUAUGAAAUGUAUUAAGAUGAUAAUUCCUAUUUCUUAAUAAGUGAAUAUUGUGAUGGUAAAUCUUUAAAAAAUUUCAUAUGAAAGGUGGUGAACUAUUCGAAAAAAUCAAAUUCGUUCAAAUUUUAACAGAAAAAGAAAUUGCAUCUUAUAUGAAAUAAAUAUUAUCAGCUGUUUCCUACUGUCAUUCCAAAGGGAUAGUUCAUAGAGAUUUAAAACCAGAAAAUAUUUUGUUUGAUUCCAAAAAUUAAGGAGCAGCCUUAAAAAUAAUUGAUUUUGGUGCUAGUGCCAAAUUAGUAAAUGAUGAAAAACUAAAUAAAAGAAUUGGAACAGUAUUUUUAAUUUUAUAACUAUUUAGCCAUUCUAUGUGGCUCCAGAAGUUCUAAAUGGAAGUUAUGAUGAGAAAUGUGAUAUAUGGUCAUUGGGAGUAUUGCUCUAUAUUUUGCUAUGUGGAUACCCUCCAUUUUUUGGUCACAGUGAAGGAGAAGUAUUAGCAAAAGUGAGAAAAGGUACGUAUCAAUUUGACAGCAACGAUUGGUCCAGAGUGUCAAUGCAAGCCAAAGAUUUGAUAAGAAGGAUGUUAUUUUAUGAUCCGUCAGCCAGAGUCAGUGCUUCUGAAGCUCAGUAACAUGCUUGGAUUUCAAAUAAUAAAGCUAAAGGUUAAGUUAACAAUUUAAGUUUAAAGAGAUUAUAAGAUUUUGAUUCUAAAAAUAAGCUAAAGUACGCUAUCCUCUAAUUUAUAACUGUUCAAGUGGUUUCAAGUCAAGAGAAGGAUGAUUUACUCAAAAUUUUUCAAGACAUAGAUAAAAAUGGUGAUGGGACUGUAAGCAAAGAAGAAUUACUUGCUGGUAUUUUAUUCAUUAAAAAAAGCUUAUUUGAAGAUUUAUAAGGGAGAUGCUUUAGCAGCUUAACAUAUUGUUGAAGAAUUGUUUCCUUAAUUGGACGCUAAUAAAUCUGGGAAAGUCGAUUUUAGUGAAUUUGUUACUGCUUCCAUUAAUAGGGACAGAACAUUAAGCAAGAAAAAGAUUGAAUAAUCCUUUAAACUAUUUGAUUUAGAUGGCAAUGGAUAUAUUACGAAAUAAGAAAUAAAUGAAUUAUUUGGAAAUGAAAUAGAUGAAAAAAUGUGGGAAGAUAUUCUUAGGGAUUGCGAUACGAAUAAGGAUGGAAUGGUUUUUAUUAUUAUUAUAAUGUAGAUCUCACUUAAUGAAUUUAUUACAUUGUUGGAGUCUAAAAUUUAACAAAACCCAAAACUUUUAUGA